CAUGAUGCGAUUGGUUAGAAAGCGUGUCGGCGUUUGAAUGGAACUCUCCGUAUCCGUUUUUCUGUAAUGUACAUAGAUACGAGCAGUAACAAUGGGACCAUUAAGAAUAAUCUCUGUUUUUCUGGAUUUAUUUUUGUUGUGUUUCAUGUUUACCCAAUGCGGUGGUCGGGAUUUAGACUCUAGCUACGUAACAUGUGGAUCUCUGGUGAAACUGCUGAACACACGGCACAACGUCAGACUACACUCGCACGAUGUCAAAUACGGCUCAGGUAGUGGCCAGCAAUCAGUAACAGGUGUGGAUUCAGCCGAUGAUGCCAACAGCUACUGGCGUAUCCGUGGGAAACCGGAUGGCUUUUGUCAGCGUGGGGUUCCCAUUCGUUGUGGACAGGCCAUUCGAAUCACACACAUGAAGACUGGCCGCAACCUACACUCGCACCACUUUAGCUCACCACUGUCUAACCACCAGGAAGUGAGUGCGUUUGGUGAAAAUGGAGAAGGAGAUGAUUUAGAUGUAUGGACAGUGCAGUGCAGCGGAACAUACUGGGAACGUGAGGAUGCGGUACGAUUUAAACACACCGGCACUGAGGUUUUCCUCAGUGUUACUGGAGAGCAGUAUGGUCAUCCAAUCAGAGGCCAGCAUGAGGUCCAUGGAAUGCCCUCACCCAAUCAGCAUAACUACUGGAAGGUAAUGGAAGGGGUUUUUAUUCAGCCCAGCAGUGAUCCGGUCCACCAUGAUGAGCUCUGAUAUCACUACAUUAUCGUAGUGAAGGCCAGUGGAGACAAAACACACUGUACUCUGAACAACUGAGAACUUGACUCACACGCUGUGAAACCUUAUCUAUACUUAAACCUUCUGUUUCUUCAGAUUUUACAUUUGUUGGUCAAACUCUUUUAGUGUUGCAGUUUUGUCACUUUUACAGAUGUUUUUGACACAAAUGUCACCUUCAAAAUGCACAUCUCGGACAAUUUGAUUGUUUUAUUGGUUGGUUGUUUUCUUUAGAUUGGAUUUUUUUUCUUUGUAUAUACGGGAAUUAAUUAAUUACGUUAAAAAAAAAUAUAUAUGUUUUUUGUAUUUAUAUUUAGGUCUGCUGAAACAUUACUGGCUAUUUGAACGAAUGACAACUUGUACUAGUAAAAUUUUACUUUUGUUUAUAUAAAAUCCUUAAUUCUCUCUGGAAACUGUGGAAAAUAUGAAAUUAUUGUUGCUGUAUUGGUUAAUGUUUUCCAUAUAAUCGAAAUUCCCAACAGUUGUUUUUCCCCUUAUGUUGUGUAUGAUUCCAUAUAGACAUAAUUUGGUGAAAGGUUAAAUAAAGAUUUGAAAUCUG